CCAAAUCCUACUACUAACGACCAUCCCAUAUACGUACGAGUACUUCUACACGAAUCUAACCAGACCUGCAACAAAUGCGGUCCCAUCCCUGUUGGCUCUGUCGUCGUCGUCUACUCCUCUCACUCACCUCAAACACCCAACCGUAAACAAUCCCUGGACGCCCGAUCACCGACUCCUGCCGUGUCCAGCCGCACGACACACCACUACUUUCCUGUCGUCUCGAGCCUUGACAUGAGCACGACGUGUCUACCCAACGAGGCCAUGCCCCAGUAACUGCUCCUCGACAAUCUCUCUGAAUCCUCCACCUGCGAAUCGGUGCCAUCGCCGCAGUCCGAAAGGCCUCAGAUGCCCCUACCUCGGUCUCUCCCACCAUGUCGUCUAUGCGCGGUCUAGUCCAGUUCAUCGCCGACCUUCGCAAUGCAAGAGCCCGGGAACUCGAGGAAAAGCGCAUCAACAAAGAGUUGGCCAACAUUCGUCAGAAGUUCAAAAGCGAGAAACUCGAUGGCUACCAGAAGAAGAAAUAUGUCUGCAAGUUGCUAUAUAUCUACAUCCAAGGCUACAACGUCGACUUUGGCCAUCUAGAGGCUGUCAACCUCAUCUCCGCAGUCAAGUACUCCGAAAAGCAGAUCGGGUACCUCGCAGUCACCCUCUUCCUGCACGAACAGCACGAACUCCUCCACCUGGUCGUCAACAGCAUACGCAAAGACCUCGCGGACCACAACGAGUUGAACAACUGUCUGGCCCUCCAUGCCGUGGCCAAUGUCGGUGGCCGCGAGAUGGGUGAGGCCCUCUCCGUCGACGUCCACCGUCUCCUCAUAUCUCCCACUUCCAAAUCCUUUGUCAAGAAGAAGGCAGCCCUGACCCUCCUCCGACUCUACCGAAAGUUCCCAGGCAUCAUCCAACCGGAAUGGGCCGAAAGAAUCAUUUCUUUAAUGGAUGAUCAUGACAUGGGUGUCGUCCUGUCCGUCACUUCCCUGAUCAUGGCACUGGUUCAGGACAAUCCAGAUGCCUACAAAGGUAGCUACGUCAAGGCUGCACAGCGACUGAAGAGGGUCAUCAUCGACAACGAUAUCUCUCCCGAUUACUUUUACUACAAAGUGCCUUGCCCGUGGAUUCAAGUCAAGUUCUUGAAGCUGCUGCAAUAUUACCCUGCCUCAGAAGACACCCAUGUCCGAGAUCUCAUCCGUGGAUCUCUCCAGGCUAUCUUGAAUGCCGCCAAUGAGACGCCCAAGAAUGUCCAACAGAACAACGCCCAGAACGCGGUUCUGUUUGAAGCCAUCAACCUCGUCAUUCACCUUGGCAAUGAAGCUGGUCUCCUAGGCCAGGUUCCCACCAAGCUAGGAAAAUUCAUCACCUCGCGAGAAACCAACGUUCGAUAUCUCGGCCUGGACGCCAUGGCGCAUUUUGCCGCUCGCUCUGACAGCCUCGAGCCCAUCAAGAGACACCAGAGCAUCAUUAUUGGCUCCCUGCGCGACAGAGAUAUCAGCGUCAGGCGAAAGGGAUUGGAUUUGCUCUACAGCAUGUGCGAUACGACUAACGCUCGGCCAAUCGUGAAUGAACUAUUACGUUAUCUGAAUCAGGCAGACUAUUCCUUGCGGGAAGAAAUGACGCUCAAGAUUGCUAUUCUAACGGAGAAAUACGCUACAGAUGCCCAAUGGUACAUCGACAUUACCCUUCGCCUGCUCGCCAUGGCUGGAGAUCACGUCAGCGACGAAGUUUGGCAACGUGUCGUCCAGAUUGUCACCAACAACGAGGAGUUGCAAUCGUAUGCUUCACAGCACAUCUUUGAGUACAUCAAGGCUGACAACUGCCAUGAUACCCUGGUUAAGAUUGCCGGUUAUAUCUUGGGAGAGUUCGGACACCUGAUUGCCGAUAACAAUGGGUGUAGCCCUAUUGAGCAGUUGAUGGCGUUGCAGACGAAAAUGAUCUCGGCUCCUGACACUACGCGGGCAAUCAUGUUGUCUACGUUUGUCAAAUUUGUCAACCUGUUUCCAGAAAUCAAGCCACAGCUGUUACAGAUGUUCGAGUUCUACAGUCAUUCGCCCGACUCGGAACUGCAACAGAGGGCCUGUGAAUAUCUCACCAUUGCUACGCUCCCCACCGACGAUUUACUACGGACCAUUUGUGAUGAGAUGCCUCCCUUCUCCGAGCGCGCCUCCGUUUUGCUCCAGCGACUCCAUCAAAAGUCGGUCGGCACGAGCGAACGCAGAACAUGGGUGGUUGGAGGCAAGGACGCAAACAACGACAAGCAAGAGAUCCUUCUGGCCCAGCAGACAGGCUUGAAGCGGACCUUUACCACCAUUGUCAAUGGCACUCAAGGGGCCCCCAACGCAAAUGGAAACGGGACUUCGGCCAAAACGAGCACCAAGACGAACGGGUCUGCAACCAAGGACCUGGUCGGCUUGGACAUGAAUGGUCAUAGUGAGGAUUCGGCCAAGAACCUCGCCACAGCUACACAUCUUUCUCCUGACUGGGAUAUUGGGUAUGAACAAUUGUAUUUUGCCAACGAGGGGGUCUUGUUCGAGGACCCUCAGAUCCAGGUCGGAAUACGGGCUGAAUACCGUGGCCAUCUCGGCGUGGUGAAACUGUACUUCACCAACAAAGCCGCUUUUCCCAUUGGCUCCUUCACCACCACUCUUGACAACAAAUCAUCAGCUGCCUUGAAAAUUGACACCAAGUCUCUACCCGAGUCCUCUGUCAAUCCUGAAUCGCAAACACAACAGACCAUUGUUUGUACAUCGAUAGGCCCCUUUUCCGAUGCCCCCACUAUCCGCAUCUCCUACCUCGCCGGUGCCUUGCAGGCUUACACCCUGAAACUCCCCAUUCUACAGCAUCGUUUCAUGGACCCAUCCGACUUGUCGGCCGAAGAUUUCUUCAAGCGGUGGCGCCAGAUUGGUGCUGGAGCCAUGGAAGCGCAAAGCACGUUUGGCCUCCGAUCGCCCAGUGCAGAGAUCAAUGAGAAAUUCAUGCGAGAGAUUGUUACUGGGUUCCGAUGGAAGAUUUUGGAAAAUGUCGACCCAAAUGCGAAGAACAUUGUGGGUUGUGCAGUAUUGCAACUUGAAAAGGGCAAGACUGGUUGUUUAUUGAGGUUGGAACCAAAUAUGGCCCAGAAGAUGUAUCGCUUGACGAUCCGUGCUACUCAGGAGACUGUGCCAGGGAUCCUGCUGCCGAUGAUGCAGGAGCGGCUUGCCAAAGGUUCAUAGAACGGACCUCUUGAUGGGGAUCAAGAACCAGACGGCGAGGUCGAAAAAGCCCAAGUUCUCAUGUAUAGUAAGUCGCCGGACACGGCUGGCCUGCGCAGAGACUCUUGGCCCACAGUCGACGUGAAGCGAAUGUCGCGUCCUCAACAUCCCCGUGUGGCAGAAGCACUUUGAGCCGCCGGUUCAUGGGGUGCAUGUGAACCACAGCCUCGAUACGACACGAGUACGUAUAUUGCAGUACCAAGUGCUGCCAGGCAAAAGUGUUUGGGGACUUCGCUUUCUCUCGGAUUUAGCCAACUUAACGUAGCACAUAUUUUCUUUGACCGCCGUCCCGCAGGGCUGGAUGGAUGACUGGCGUUGGAACAUAAUGUCUUUUUAGCUUUGUCAUGAACAUAACAUACCUUUAGCCAGGAAAGUGAGAUUCCACGG